AUGGAAAAAAAAAAAUUGUAUUGGGAGAUCAUAAGAGCAACCAAUGGUUUUGACUCCAUAUUUUGCAUUGGGAAGGGAGGAUCUGGAAGUGUCUACAAGGCAAAGCUACCAUCAGGCAGCAUAGUUGCAGUGAAGGAACUCCAUCAAAAACUUGACGGCGAGGAGACAUCGCAGGAGUUCCAUAAUGAAAUAAGUGCACUAAUUAAUAGACGACAUCGAAACAUUGUGAAACUUUGUGGUUUUUGUUCGAAUUCGCAGCACUCAUUUCUGGUCUAUGAAUACCUAGAAAAGGGUAGUUUGGCUUUAAUCUGGAGCAAAGAAGACGAAGCAAAAGAAUUGGAUUGGAGUAGGAGGGUGAGAAUUGUAAAAGGCGUAGCUCAUGCACUGUCUUACCUGCAUCAGGAUUGCGUGCCGCCAAUUGUACACCGAGACUUAUCAAGCAGCAACAUUUUGCUAGAUUAUGACUACGAGCCUUGUGUUUCAGACUUCGGUACUGCUAAGCUUUUGAAUCCAGACUCAUCGAAUUGGAGCUCACUUGCAGGCACAUAUGGAUAUGUAGCACCAGAAUUAGCCUAUACAAGGAAGGUAACUGAGAAAUGUGAUGUUUAUAGCUUCGGAGUGCUGACAUUGGAAGUGAUCACGGGAAAAAGACUAGGUGAUUUAAUCUCAUCCUUUUCGUCUCCAUCUGCUUAUGAAAACAAAUUGCUGAAGGACGUAUUGGACCAAUGGCUUCCACCUCCUACACUUGAAGUUGAAGAUGAACUGACAACCAUUGCAAGGGUAGCAAUCACAUGCAGGGAUUCGCAACUGCAAUCGAGGCCAACAAUGCACAUGGUUUCUCAGUCGUUAUCAUUCCAAACUACAGCUUCCACUGGAGGACCAGACAUCACACUUGAACAACUCAUUAAGAUUUAA